GAGGGGAAAGAAGACGGCGGCGAAGAGAGAAUCGGACAGAAUCGGUAGUAAAGGGAAAAGCAGCAGCCCAGCCCGUCCCAGCCUCUCCUCGCCCAGGCACCCAGGUUUUGGGCUGCUUGCUUUUGGGAGCGCUCCAAUGCCUGGUCCUACUCAAGCGCUGUCCCCAAAUGGAGAGAACAACAACGACAUCAUCCAGGAUAACGGCACCAUCAUCCCUUUCAGGAAGCAUACAGUGCGAGGGGAGCGCUCCUACAGUUGGGGAAUGGCGGUCAACGUGUAUUCUACCUCUAUAACCCAAGAGACUAUGAGCAGACAUGACAUCAUUGCAUGGGUGAAUGACAUAGUAGCUUUAAACUACACAAAAGUUGAACAACUGUGUUCAGGAGCAGCUUACUGCCAGUUCAUGGAUAUGUUGUUCCCAGGGUGUAUUAGUUUGAAGAAAGUAAAAUUCCAAGCGAAGCUUGAACAUGAGUAUAUUCAUAACUUCAAACUUCUACAAGCAUCAUUUAAAAGAAUGAAUGUGGAUAAGGUCAUUCCAGUAGAGAAAUUAGUAAAGGGACGUUUCCAAGAUAACCUUGAUUUCAUACAGUGGUUUAAGAAAUUUUUUGAUGCUAACUAUGAUGGCAAAGAAUAUGAUCCAGUAGAAGCUCGGCAAGGACAAGAUGCAAUUCCACCACCUGAUCCUGGGGAACAGAUCUUUAAUCUGCCAAAAAAAUCUCAUCAUGCAAACUCUCCUACAGCAGGUGCUGCCAGAUCCAGUCCUGCAUCAAAACCUGGCUCCACAUCAUCUCGUCCAUCAUCAGCCAAAAGAACACCGCCAAGCAGUUCAGUGUCAAAGUCUGAUAAAGAUUUGGAGACACAAGUCAUACAGCUUAGCGAACAGGUACAUUCAUUAAAACUUGCACUUGAAGGUGUGGAAAAGGAGAGAGAUUUCUAUUUUGGGAAAUUAAGGGAGAUUGAGCUUUUAUGUCAAGAACACGGAGAAGAAAACAAUGAUCUUGUUCAACGGUUAAUGGAAGUUCUGUAUGCUUCAGAAGAACAUGAGAGCCACACAGAAGAACAUGAAGGUGAAGAACAGGUUCAUGAACAGCCCCAGCAACAGGAAGAAUACUGACCAUCUGGCACACUGGCUGUUUCUGAUUUUCUGUGGGAACUUUCUUUGGAAGAAUGGAAUGUGUGUGGCCUCAGACUUGAAACCAAUCACUCUCUGUCUGCCAUUAACAUAAAUGUACCAUACUGUGUCAGCCAACUUGCCAAGAUGUGUUUUGCAGAAGUCUUCUAUCGGCGUUUGAACCUAAGAAGGUCUGCAAGCUUUGUUCCCAGUUUCUACCACUGCAACGUCACUAUCUGGCUGCUUGAAAUUUGUUCAGCUUUUAAAAAUAUAUAUAUAAAUAUAAUAUAUAUAUAUAUUUAUUUUUCCUUCUGUCUUAAGUAUGAAUAACAUUUGUAAUUUGUUCAAAACUAUUUAUAUGGGCAUCUCUUAAAAUAAAAAGUACUAUUCAGUUAGGUUUCACAUUUCAUGAUAAUUCGGUGCACUUGGACAUUACUUUGGACAAAAGGCAAAAGUGGGAAAUAAUUGAAAUAGACAAAUUCAAGUAAUUUCAAAUAAUUUUCCCUAAUUAGAACAAAAGCACACAUGCUAGAGCUGUAAUGUUUCUGAUGUCAUAACCCAAAGCAUGCUAGAAAGCUAUACAGUGUUUCUUAUAGUAUUGGAAGAUGCAUACAUGCCUGCCUAAUCUUUCUUUGGACACUUCCUUCUUCUAGAAAGGUUAUUCUUGUUUCAAUUCUAUAUUCAGUGUUUUGUCAAUUUAAGCAUUUAUACCGAUCUUUACAGUAUAUAUGUCUGAAGAUGUCACCUAUAUUCCAAUUCCCACUGCUGGCUACACUGAUUAUGAAAACAUUUAUUUUUUUCUUCUGUGCAAGUGUUGGGCAAGUCAGAAUAUUUACUAGCACAGUUACAGUUUAUCUUCUAAAAUCUUGAUAUAUCUUUUUGGAAUCUAAAAAUCAGUGAGUAACUCAAGGACACACAGAUGCCAGGCCGGUUUCCACAUUGUAUUAGUGGGGAUAUCUUAUCCAGAAAGAAAAGCUAAUUAUUAUUUUAGUCCGGAUCAAUGGAUUGGUAGCAUGGAGAAACAAAUUGCUGGAUUACAGAAAUAUUCAUUGCCAUGAGUUCUAUUAACUUCUAGUUAAAUUUGCACUUAGAUUGUGACAUUUUUAUAAUUGAAAUAAAUCAUAUUAAAACAUUCCUUAUUAUUUAAAUUGCACAUUUUCACAUUCUAAUUAUGGUAUUUUUUCCAUUGUAUUUACUGUUUUAUAUUUUGCUUGGUUUUAAAUUGGAUUGGUUAUAAAUAUUCUAGCAAAAAACAAAUAGAAUUCAAUGUACAGGUUAGCAUCACUAAAGGUCUGGUCAUAAGUGCUAGUUCUAUUAUUACUAUAAAUGAUGUAUUGCAUCUUUCAAAGUUUCUUUUUCUCUGAAAUUUCUUGCUUCAGAAUGAUACUUAAUUACAGAUCAGGCAGCAUGUAUUACAAUCUCUCUUUAAUCCUGUAACUCAGUUGAAGCAUUCCAUCUCUUCAGCUUAGAAGAAUUAACAAAGCUAUAUAUACUAUGCCAACUCAUCAUAAAUAAACUUAACACUUUCACCUUUCCUAAAAAUAAAUCUUUUAAAUAUUUUCAAGGAAAAUGAUUUGUCUUGGCAGGCAUAAUCAAACUCAUAAAUAGCAUUAUUUUUUCAAAAACUGUCAUAAUAAAAAACAAAUCCAUAAUCUUUAUUAUUGUUAUGCCACCUCCAAAAUGUUUCUUGUGCU